AUGUCUGCCGUGGGCGUCAAGGGCUCUCUGUGUGUUGUUUUGGGCUGUGAGAAAAGAACCACGUUGAAGCUACAAGACCCUAGAAUCACCCCGUCCAAGAUCUGUAAAGUGGACGGCCAUGUUGUAUUGACAUUUGCCGGAUUGAACGCCGAUGCUCGUAUUUUGGUCGACAAGGCCCGUGUGGAGGCACAAUCCCACCGUUUGAAUUUGGAGGAUCCCGUGCUGAUUGAAUACUUGACCAAGUACGUUGCUGGAGUGCAGCAGAAAUACACUCAGUCCGGCGGUGUCAGGCCGUUUGGUAUCGCCACGAUGAUAGCAGGCUUCGACGUGAACGAUACCACGCCCAAGUUGUACCAGACAGAGCCCAGUGGGGUGUUCAAUGCGUGGAAGGCGCAUGCUAUUGGUCGUUCUGCCAAGACGGUCAAGGAGUUUUUGGAGAAGAACUACGAGGAGGGCCAGACCGACGAGCAGACGAUCAAGUUGACGGUCAAGUCUUUGUUAGAGGUUGUACAGACGGGUGCCAAGAACAUCGAGAUCACUGUGUUGAGGCCUCAGGGCUCCAUCGAGCAGUUGUCUGUGGAGGAGAUCACCAAGUACGUGGAGGAGAUCGAGGCCGAGAAGCAGGCGGAGGCCGAGAAAAAGAAGCCCUCUUCGAAGGAGUAG